GCGUGACGUCACGAUCUUCCAGCAUUAGGCGGGCAGCAGCAGAAAACCAGGAUCGCGCAUCUUCCUCCUCCUCACUUGAGCCACCACCACUACCGACACCAGCUGUCCCUUUCGCCUCGCCGUCCACAAGGCUCUCUACUCCGGCCGCCAACAUGCGCUCCUCUUCGGCCCUGCUCUCGAUGCUCCUGGCGGGUCUCGCGGUCGCCGCGUCCUCCCUGGAGGUGUUCGACAACCAGCUGGGCGACAUCAGCUUCUGCAAGAAGCAAUGCCAGCUCGCCAUCAAAAACAAAGGCCCCGCUAAUGAUUCCAUAAUGAACGCCUGUCACCGCGGCUGUCGUCUCUACUCCAUCUGUCAGUUUGUCAACGGCAACGCUGGCUUUAACACCAGCAAGGAUGAGUGUCAAGGAGCAUGCCAGGAGGCUUACGUCAAACUCAUGGAACAGGACGCGUGCAGCACCGGCUGCGCUAGCCAGCCCUCCGAACCCGAAAUCCAACGAAGGAAGCUCAAGGCCAUGACCCUGCGCCCCAAGCCGCCUUCCGUCAUGGAGGCCGUGUCAAGCUGGUGCAACGACAUUGUCAGCUCCGCCCAGAGCUUCAUCUCCUCCACUUGGACCUUCUACCUGCAGGCCGACGAUGGCAAGGUCGUCGUUUUCCAGAGCCAACCGGAGAUGGAGUAUUCUCUUCCCGAGCUGCAGGCUCCUCGCUCCGUGGCCGACAGCCCUUGGCCUCAGGUGCACUCGCACACGCAGAAGCCUCACGGUGCAAGGGGGCGUGGCGAGAAAGCGGGAUCCAAAGCAGGAAGCAGAGGCAAACAUCAGGUGCAACAUGCCGACGAGAGCAUCGCCGCCGCCGCUGAGCAUGACUUCCUGGGCUGCAUGUCCAGGCGUUCAGGUCUGCCCCGAUGGAUUUUGGCGGCAUGCCUCUUUCUGUCCAUCAUGGUCAUGCUAUGGCUCAGCUGCGCCAGCCUGGUCACCGCACCCGACCAGCACAUCAAGACACAGCUGAGCAUCAACGGCGACAAAGAGUUCCUGGACAACGCCCGGGCCAAGGUGAAUCCGUACCACUUGAGCCCACUGCCGGCUGUCAGCGUCAAGCGGGCGCUGGUCGAGGAUAAUCAUGAGGCGGGGCCUCUGCCGGUCAAGGUCGACCUCGACAAGACGCGCGUCUAGAAGCUUUUGGGAUUCCGUUCACUCAGUCACUGGAUUCCCGGCCCCUCGACCCCCUCCAAUAAGGAGCACGACAUCCUCAGAGUCAUUCUGUCCCAUUAUUAUUAUCCUCCGUCACUGGAUGUUAUUUGACUGGACGGCCAGUCUGAGAGCUUCCAUGAUGUUUCAAGAUUCAUUGUGCACUUUCGCCCCAUUCUCAGCCAUGUGCAUUGAAGUGGCCAGGUACGAUCAUCAUCUUUUCUCCUGCAGAAUGAACUGGCGACGUGUGACUGAAAUGAGCAGAAAAGUAUUGUAUUUAUUCCGAAUGACUGAAGUGCCGUGCAAAGUCAUUGAGCUGCUUGUAAUAUACAGUACAUUGUAAUCUAGAGGAAAGGAUUAUUUACUAAGGAGUAUUAGCGCCGCACCGAAAAGAAAAUACACAUCUGAUGAGAGAAAGUCAUAGUUGCAAUUUUGCAAGAAAAGUCAGCAUUUUUUUUAGAUGAAUAAAAUGACGUUUUGUUUAUAUCAGAAAAAAAUCUGACUUUAAAAACAAACUUUUGCUUGUAAAAUAAAAAUCUUAGGCAACCGGACAUAAAAUGGUGACUCUACUUUUUCACACAGAGUUCCCCCCUGACCCCUUCAAUUUUUUCCCCAAGCAAAAGAUAAGAAUGUUAAGUUAUUGUUUUUUUUUGGGGGGGGGGGGGGGAAUAUAAAGUCCUACUAGUUUGAGGGGAAAAUAGACUUGGAAGAAAAAUGGUCUUCUUAAAAAAAACAGAAUUUAUUCUCAUCAUAUAUAAAAUUUAAUCUAAAAAAGAAAUAAAAGUAUGGCUUAGGGACGGCAUGGUGGGCGACGAGUUAGCAUGUCUGCCUCACAAUGCAGAGUUCCAGGGUUCGAUUCCUGUGUGGUGUUCCAUGUUCUCCUGAUGAACUAAAAAGAGGAAAUAUCCUUUUUUUUUUUUACAUCAUUUUUUGAAGAAAAACAUGUCUUAAAAAUACAGCUUUUUUUCCCUUUAAAAAAACUGACAUAAUCUGAUUCAGCAAAUAUUUUUUUGUGUAUGGGGGAGGGGGGGGGGAAUCACGACUUUAUUGUCCUAACACGAUGAUCUCAUAAUCUAGUUGUGUUUUCAUGUCAGUGCGGCUCAAGUAGUCCUUGGCAAUUCUUGUAUAAUUCUCAAAACGAUGAUGUAGAUUGCUCUUCUAUUACUUCAGGAGCGGUUUGAGUACAGUCAACGUGCCAUGUGCUUUUCGAAGUCCACCGUAGACUUUUUUUUUUUCAGAUAUGCCGGGGGCGCAAGACUUUUUGUUUGUUUGUUUGUCAUGUAGCAGAGUUGCGCAGUGCUCGAGAUUUUUCGUUUGUGCUUUUGGCUGUCAUGUAGCGAUCUUGGACUGCCCCAAAUAGAGUGCAUGCUGAGUCAAGCUUCAAUAGUCGAAUUCCGGUCCCUCCCUGAAGGCCUGCUGUAGAUUUGUGUCUUUUUUUGAGUCCUAUUUACUGUAAACAUGUUUAGAACAUGUAUUAUUACAAUACCCAUAAUAAUUAUGACAAGGAAUGCCAAUCUCAUCAGAAGGACUUGAAGAACAAAAGCCAUUUAAUCAAUCAAUAUGUGACGCAUAGAUAUAGAUCACCAAGAUGAUGAUGUGAAUUUACAACUAUUGUAUUGGUUCCUUUUUACAGCUCUGUUCAUUUUCAAUGAAACAACAAUUGCAACGAGGAAUAAAGUGUUUUCGUCGACACUA